AAAGACCAAAGGUGUUUCAUUCUGUCGGAGUCAGAAGAGGAAGCAGACGGAUUUCUCAUCUUCAUCACCACAUAGUUGUGUCACAGAAUGCAUCGACCCGUUCUCCUGUACGUCCUUGCGACUGUUUCAGUCUCCUGGUCUGAGCCGCCCCUUCUCUCCUCAGAGAUGGUCAACUUUAUUAACCAGAUCAACACCACCUGGAAGGCUGGGCAGAACUUCCAAAAUGUUGAUAUGAGCUUUGUGAAGGGACUGUGUGGGACUGUCCUGAACGGAGCUAAGCUGCCACAAGUGUUUCAAAAUAUUGAGGGUUUGCAGCUUCCAGACCACUUUGACCCCAGCCAGCAGUGGCCCGACUGUCCAACUAUCCAGCAGAUCAGAGACCAGGGCUCGUGUGGUUCCUGCUGGGCCUUUGGGGCAGUGGAGGCAAUUUCUGACAGAAUCUGUAUCCACAGCAGCGCUCAGAUCUCUGUGGAAAUCUCAGCUGAAGAUCUACUGUCCUGCUGUGAUGCAUGUGGCAUGGGCUGCUUCGGUGGCUACCCCGCUGCAGCUUGGGAAUUCUGGGCCAAAGAAGGACUGGUGACAGGGGGCCUGUAUGACUCCAGAGUUGGUUGUAGGCCUUACUCGAUUGCUCCCUGUGAGCAUCAUGUAAAUGGAACUCGUCCUCCGUGUCAGGGUGAACAGGAAACUCCUAAAUGCAAGGAGCAGUGCAUCGAUGGAUACACACCAGCCUAUCAGAAGGACAAACACUUCGGAGGGAAAAUCUACAGCGUCCCGUCCCAGCAGGACCAGAUCAUGACUGAGCUGUACAAGAACGGACCAGUGGAGGCAGCAUUCUCAGUCUAUGCAGACUUUCUGUUAUAUAAGACUGGUGUGUAUCAGCAUGUGACGGGGGAAAUGCUAGGUGGUCAUGCCAUCAAGAUCCUGGGCUGGGGAGAGGACAAUGGGACGCCCUACUGGCUGGCUGCAAAUUCCUGGAACACUGACUGGGGAGACAAAGGAUACUUCAAGAUCAAGCGUGGAAAUGAUGAGUGCGGUAUCGAGUCUGAGGUGGUAGCUGGACUCCCUCACAACUAGAUCAAAUGACUUCAAACUCAAGAGCAUUUUGAUCUGUUAAUAAACUUCACAACAUUGAACUACGAUUAUGUGUACUGUGUUAUUGUACUAUAUAUCUAAUGUUAGCGUAGUACCUUUUUC